GUCGGUUUUAACCAAAAGAAGACCAGCGAGACGCGAUCCAGAACUGAAACAGCUGCUCUCCAGUCCGGCGAGACCACAAAUCCAGGGCCACCGCAGCUAUACAGUCCGGCGAGACCGCGCCUCCAGACAGGUCUUCUGCAACAUCGUCGUUGAUCUAGUCGUGAUCGUUCUCACCGCCGUCGAAAAUUGAUCUACUGUAGCAGAGGGGGAUUCCGAUCCCAUCAGCUCGAUCCGCUUUCAGCAGACCAUUUUGGAGCAGCAUGUCACCACUUUUUCUCUAGGUCUCUUUAGCGAACCUCGGAUCUCCAUAUCGGGCAUCUCCGGAGUCGCAGUGGAUACGGUUUUCCAGUCGGACGCGUUCGGGGGGGCCGGAUAUAAGGUCUCAAGCAGUCUAGCGGCGGGGAGAUGCGGCGGAAGUGCGGCUAUCAUCUGCGGCGGGCUGCAUUUUGAAUAGUUCCAUUUUAAGAGAUGGGAAAGGAGGUCUGGAGGGAGGUGAGGAGACGAGGGGAAGUGAGGAACGGAGCCGAUGGGAUGGUGAAGAAGCAGCUGAACCAAAAGACUCAAAGGUUUUCGAAACUUUGGAAAGCAAGAGACGAGAAUGAAGCACAAAAAGUUACAUUCUUUUUCAACAACAUUCCAGAAGAAUGUAGCUUUGAUUUUUUGAGGAGAAAGUUCGGUUCCGUGCGAGAACCGACAGACAUCUUUUGUCCAAGAAAGAGAGACAAAAAAGGGAAGCCUUUCGGUUUUGUUCGCUUCGAAGACGUUGAAGAUAGGGACGGUUUGCUGGAACAACUUAAUAAGUUGUGGAUUGGGAGCUAUAAAAUUAGGGUGUUCAAACCGAGAUUCGAGAGAGAAGUGAAGAUCCAAGGAAGUAAAGGGAAGGGAUUCAAAGCCGAUGCAGGUAGAAAGACGGAAAAAACAAAGGUCGUGCAUGCCGCAAAAAGGAUGAUGGGGGUUUCUUUUAAGGAGGUGCUCACUGGAUCCAAAGAAGGGGAGUCAGGAUCUUCGGAUUUGCUUCAGUUCAAAACUUCGGAUGAGGAAACACGAUGGCUAGAUGGAGCCUUCACGGGUUUCAUCAAAGAUGAGUUCUUAUGGGAAGAGAUUAAAGAAGAAAUCAAUAGCGAAAUUGCUGGGAAACUGAAGGUGACGACGAUGGGAGGAAAUUUGGUGUUGAUACGUAGUGUCUGUGACGCGCCAACAGAAAAAGUUUUAACGGAGAUGGAUGAAUGGAGUGAGUUCUGGUUUCAAUGGAAGAGGAAAUGGAACGUUGUGGAUGUGUUUCAACAACGAGUGGUGUGGACGAGGUGGGUCGGGAUCCCACUACAUGCAUGGAAUCAUCGUUUCUUUGAGUUGGCAACUGCAAAGUUCGGUCGGGUAUUGAAGAUGCAUGAGAAGACGAAAGAAAAAGAAAAACUGGAUGUUGCUUUGAUUCAAAUCUCCACGGGCCUUAGAUCCAUUGAUCAAGUGACGGAGUGUUGUAUUAAUGGAGCAAGGUUUACGUUUCGUAUUGAGGAAAUUCACGAGAAUCCUUUUUCUUCCAUGCUCGGAGAGACGGAGUUCGAGGAUUCGGGAUCGGAUGCAGGAUGGACGAGCGGGGAGGAGUCCAUGGAUCCGGCAGCUGCAACCAUCGGAGAUCAGAACGAGAGCGGUGAAAGGGAUGAUGAUGUUUCGGUUCUCCAAGAAAUCAACGUUUCGUCUCAUUCGAUCCAUGCAGACACGUUUGUCGAGGAAACCAAUUAUGAGGGGACGUUGGUAGGAGGAUCGAAAAUGCUUUUAAAUUUGGUUGGGGCCGAAGGUGAGAGUCAACCACUCGUUAAGGAUGGGCAGAUGGACUGCCACGCUUUUCAAAGUCCAAACCAAAUUUUUGAGGAACAAAACUGGGCCGACUCUCAGAAGGUACAACAAAAAAGCCCAACUGGUGGCUUUACUGGUGUUUCUCUUGAUGGGCCAGGAAGAAGCGUUUGUGAGGGAGGUCAUACCUUAAUGUCGACCCAAGCGCAAGGAGAGAAGAGAAGCGCUAUUCUGGAAAGGGAAGAAGCCGAUUCAGUUGUGUACAUGGAAAAUCAAGGUGCCAAAAAUGUUGCAGAUGACACGGCGUCGAAAGAGGAAGGGCAAAGGAUCGAAAGGAAUGAGCCGCCGAUUUUUAGCUACGAGGAAGGAAGUUGUUCAAACCAAAGUAAAAGGUGUGGGGAUCGAAAUUCAAAAGGAAAAAAAGGGAGAGAAAAGAAAAAGAAUAGAAACAGGGAGAAAGAGAAAUGGGAACACUUCAUUUCAGAUUUAGAGCCAAUUGAUGGAAGGGGGGAGGAAGUGGCAGAGCAGGAAAGAGAGGGGGAGAACGAAGAAGGGCAGGAGACGACAAUUGGGGAGCAAAGUUCAGGUCAACAGAUCUGGGAUUUUGGAAAGAAGAUCGGGCUGUCAAGUAGAAUUCCAGACGAAGAUGUUGCUCGACAGAUUGAGGUACAAGGUGUAACAGACGGAUGGAACUGGAAGGCGACAACAGAUGGAUGCUUCACAAUCAAGUCGGCAUAUGAAAUUGUGGCAAAAACAAGAAUGGAGCAACAAGUUUUACCUUUGGAGAUGGCAAAGGUUUGGAAGGCCCCAACACCAAAUAAAGCCAAGGUGACGGCAUGGAGAUGUCUUAGAAACAGAUUGGCAACAUGUGAUAAUUUGAGUAGAAGAAAUGUCCAGAUCAGCGUGGAGGAGAGAUGGUGCAAUGCAUGUGUUUCUAGUGAGGAAACGACGGAACACCUGUUCCUCCAUUGUCCGAAAGCAGCGGCGGUGUGGGACCAGAUCUUUCAAUGGCUCGACAUCAAAACGGCAAAUCCGAGAGGUAUCUUUCAACACUUCAUUUCUUUCAUUGCGGCUGGAAAAAAGAAGAGAGAAAGAAGACUGCUUAAAGCUUUGUGGGUUGGAACAGUGUGGUUGCUCUGGGAAAGCAGGAAUGGUAGUCGUUUUCAGGACAAGGCUUGGGAUAUUGAUAGACUUGUAUUACAGAUUAAGGGGAGACUUUGGAGUUGGAACGAGGCCUACAAAAUAGUGGAGUUAGGAAUUCCUUUUACUUCUUGGUGUUCCAAAGACUUCAAACUUGUUUUAUUGUUUUGAUUGGCAUUCCUGAUGCCUUGAUCCCUUUUCUUUCAAUAAAAGUUUUACUUUACUGAUAA